CUGCGAUUAAAGUACAAUUUAAGUGCAACUUCAAUGCAACAAGCUGCAAACCUUUUGAUCAUGAUCGAAAUUUAUCGCACCUCGCUGCAAUUUUCAAAAAAAAAUAUGCACAAACUAUACGACUCUACCACCCUCGCACAGCAGGUUUUGUUCGGGAAAAAAUGGCGAAAAAUAAAAAAAAGCGAGAAAAACAAUCCAAAACUUGGGAAAUUGAACAGAAAGAAAUGUUGAAAGAGUUGUGGCAGAACUAUGACUGCCUUUUCAAAACCAAUAGUGCCGAGUUCAAGCGUGUAGACAAACGACAGGCAGCGCUCGAAGAUAUAAGACAGAAAUUGGAAACGGAGCUUGAGAGCUCAUUCACUGGUAAAAUCUCUUAACUUUUUAUUUAUACUAAAACAUACACAGCAAAGAAUACCUUUCAUAUUAGAAAAUAAAACACCUGAUAGCAAUACAUUUUUAUCGUUAGUUGUUUAUACAUAUUAUAGUUUUUAUUAAUAAUCCAUCCAACCUUCACGCAUGCAGUUUGGCUUGAUUUUAUUUUAAUAAUUAAAAAACUUUAUUAGUUUUUACGUUUGUCUUUUCCUUUCUAGCUCUGAGAUUGUAUUCUGAGAGAAUAAAAGCUUUUUCCCAAAAGAUUCAGUUAGUGUUUUUUUUUAAUAUAUCUAAUACCAAUUCCUAUAUCUUAUUUUCCAUUAUUCAUUAAAGAUAAAGACAUUAAAGCCAAAUUAGAAAUUUGAGAACCCAAUAUGCAAAAGAAAUUUGUAAAAUACGGGCUAAAUGUCAAGUGGUGCAGGGACAAAUUCUACGCUUCCCUUCAUUUUCUUCGAGACAGUAUAACUCCCGUUAAAACAAGACCAACAUCAGGUGAUACUUGUCCUGCCUCUCAAAUCGUCGCAAUAAAUGAGGAGGUAAACUCCGGCCAUGUCCAUCAUGAUAUUAACGAUGUCAAUGAGAACGAGGAAAACGAAGACAACGCUGGUAUCUCGAGAGUUUUCGAUAGUUUGAUUGAGACACAAAACGACCCCAACAAGUCUGCCAAAUCCAAGGUCAAAAUUCGAGAAAAAAUGGAGAACAUUGUGUUCAAGAAAUCGUUGACAGUACUUUAUAGUCUGGGAAACAAAAGAAAAAGUUCGGAGGAAAACGACGCCGAUAGAAUCUUUGGAAUUCGUGUUCAGGCAAAUAGAAGACCGACGAGGCAAAUAGAAGACCGUCGAAGUAAAGAGCUUGUAAAGCUAAAAAUCUAG